UAACCUGUAAAAUAACUAGUACUUAAAUCAAAAAUAGUAUUUCCCUUUUAAUUGUCAAGAGAGUACCACUUCAAAUGGAUUUAAAAUUCCUCUAAUCUUUAAAUAAUUUACGUUAGAGUGCUUCUAAAUUACUGUCCAACAUGGGGCUACUUCAUUUAAGGUUGUGUAUAAAAUACACUCGCCUCGCGCUUCAUUUUGCGGUGCGCUUGUUAUGCAUGUCUGUACACGCCGAUUGUAACAAGAGUCACACAAAAUAAAAGUUGAGAUAUGUAUUGUGUGUUAUAACUCGGCUUACAAACUACUAAAUACCUCUCAACUUUAAUUACAAGUACGAGUCUACUUUGGUUAUCCGACUUAAAUCAAUACUGCAAUUAUAUGUUGUAGUUUUUUACUGCUAAUAUUACUGUUAAUAAAACACCACUUUGAAGCACCACUGCGAUAAAAACCGGAUUAUACUUGGGGGCAAGAACACAUAUAAAUGCAAAAAAACAAACGUUAAAAAGAACAUAACAGUUUUACAAAUUUACAUAAAUCGCUCUUGCACUUCCUAGUGCCGUCUGAUAUCUCAAAUCAAGCGCUCCUCGUUUGUACCUGAACCGCCCACCGACUAUUUGACGAGUCCGGCCGCUGGCUGAGCUCGAGCGCCGCUCGUUUCGUAGCACGCUGUGUACCUGCUGCCGGGAGGUCUCAGCGCUGCCCAGGAGUUAGACAGACGUUAACAUUUAGGUUUAGUAAUCCGCUGCAACGCCGGAGACCUGCAGAUGUUUAUACUUUAAUCCAAGUGGUACCCGAUCGCCUUCGGGAGCAACUUCCCUCCGAGCGGCGACAGAGCUCACGCGCGGAGGAAUGAACUUGCGUGAAAAAAUACGACAAAAAAGAGAAAAAGACAACAACGUUGUGUGGAGAUGGAGAGCCUAAAUGAUCGUCCCGCGGGGAAAGCUGCGUGCCAGGUGACUGUGAAGAGACAAGCCGUGAAGAGACACCACCACAAACACAACCUGAAGCACAGGUACGAGUUCAUGGAGACCCUCGGCAAAGGAACCUACGGCAAGGUGAAGAAGGCCGAGGAGAGAUCCGGGCGACUGGUUGCCAUAAAGUCGAUCCGAAAGGAGAAGAUAAAGGACGAGCAGGACCUGGUUCAUAUUCGCAGAGAAAUUGAAAUCAUGUCGUCACUCUGCCAUCCGCACAUCAUCACCAUAUAUGAAGUAUUUGAGAACAAGGACAAAAUUGUGAUCGUGAUGGAGUACGCAAGCCGAGGCGACCUGUACGACUACAUCUGUGACAAGAGGAGCAUCUCUGAACGCGAGGCCAGGCACUUCUUCAGGCAAAUAGUGUCCGCUGUGCACUACUGCCACCAGAAUGGAAUAGUACACCGGGACCUGAAACUGGAAAAUAUUUUACUAGAUGGCAACGGUAAUGUGAAGAUCGCAGACUUUGGGCUGUCAAACCUCUUCCAUGGUGAUGAGUACCUUCAAACCUUUUGUGGAAGCCCUCUGUAUGCUUCCCCAGAGAUCGUCAACGGGCGGCCGUACCGUGGGCCGGAGGUGGACACCUGGUCUCUUGGUGUGCUGCUGUACACCAUGGUUCAUGGUAAUAUGCCAUUCGAUGGAAACAACCACAAGGCAUUGGUCCAACAGAUAAGCACUGGAAACUAUCGUAAACCCAUCAAUCCCUCUGAUGCAUGUGGGCUCAUCCGUUGGAUGCUCAUGGUCAAUCCUGAGCGCAGAGCCACGAUCGAGGAGAUUGCAGGACACUGGUGGCUCAACUGGGGCUACCAGCAGCCAUUACUGGCCGAGGCAAAGAGCGGUCCGGUGGAGCAGACCUCUCCGCCAGCCUCUCCGUCAACGUCAUAUCCCGCCGGGCUGGCCCUCGUUGGAAGUUGGCUGCGCCGAACAUCCAGGCCUUUGCUGGAGAACGGCUCCAAGAUGCGCUGCCUGCUCCGCCCGCAGGGCAGCGGAGGGGACGUGGUCCGGCAGCGGUCCCUGCGUCGGUCCCGGAAGGAAAAUAACGUCUCCCAGACCAUUCAUGAGGUAGGCACGGAGAGUCGUCCCUGCAAGGGGAUAUUAAAGAGACGCAACAGUGUGAAACAGAAGGCCACGAGUGAAGUCCCUGCUGUAGGUUCAGUGGAGCCACCGAAGCAUUUGGGUUUGUCCGCCCCAGCCGAGGCUCCUUCAGCCGCUCCGCUGCCUCGCAAAGGUAUCCUAAAGAAGCGAGCGGGGCAAGAGUCUGGGUACUACUCCUCCACCUCCUCCUCCUCCCCCGAGAACAGCGACUCUGGCUGGGCCUCACAAACUAAAGAGUGCCCUUCGGCGCCAACUCGUAGGAAGGGCAUCUUGAAGCGCAACGGCAAGUUCUCCUCGGGCAGGCUGCAGGAGUUCGGCUCUCUGGACCAGCUGGCGGCGUCGCUACCCUGCGCCGGCUCGAGGCCCGGCGCGGCCGUCAGCGCGGACAGCAUCCUGUCCUCGGAGUCCUUCGACCAGCUGGACCUGCCGGACCGCGUGGGACCUCCGUCGCGAGGGGAAAAACCAGCCAAGUCGAGCAUGAGAGGAUGCGUGUCUGCUGACAACCUGCUGGACAUCAUGGAGGACGGGAUCCUUGGGGACCGGCCUCUGAGGCCUUGGAACUGCUACAGGUCCGGAGUGGCUGACAGCGCCUUUUCCAUCACAGACUGUGAUAAUGUAACCGAGGCCUACAAACGGGCCGUGGCUGUGCGAGGCUCUGCAGCAAGCUGAAGACCUGUAACUGGCGUAAGACCCUAAAAACUACUACUACUAAACACUACUGAAGACCCGUUUGCCAGUGUGCAUAGAAUUACAUCACCGGCACACUGUUAAUCAUUUUGGCCAACUUCAGGAACUGCACAUUACCAAAAAAGCAGAAAAGCUUGUUGUUAGAUGUCUGACUGACUGUAUUUUAGAUGGGGAUGAAUGUUUUUAUGUAUAAUUAAUAGCUUGUAAUUUGAAUUUAGAGUAAAACAUGUGGAAAAUAUCCAGGCAGCACAGCAUUCUUACAAAAAUGAUGCAGUUUAAAAUUUCCAUUUCAAAGAUUCUCAGGAGAGAAGCGCUGCAUUUCAGUUUCAACAAAAAGAGAUUAUUAUCAGUCCCUCAGGAACCAGAACGGUAGCCUUCAAUAUGAACAAAACAAAAGCUCGCCAAACCUAUUGCUCAUUUACAAUAAACCAAGAAACUGACAUUAGGAGACACAAUAGGACUUCUGUUUAUAGAUUGCUUCAGCUACAAAGUCGAUGUCUUUUAUUGUCGAUGUGGCGGUUUGAGAAAGUGUUUGACUUAACCGCUUUAUGGAUUCUUGCCUGAAUGCCAUCGUCUGUCAUCAUUCUACUUAUCUUGGAGGACGGUAAUGAAGCUGUGCUUUAUUACCGUCCUCCAAUGCUAUGACGGGUAUAAUACAGCUUUUACUAUCGUAUUUGUUACGACGUGGGGAGAAUUAAGUUUAAUGAAUACCAAAGAGUACGUUUGCCAAUGUCUGGUGUUUUUUGGUGUCUAUUAAAGCAACAGCAAAAAGUGCCAAUAGGAUGUUUGUAAAAGGGACUUCAGCUCUCGAGUGCAUUGUUUUUUUUUGUUUUGUUUUAAUUCUUGUUUGGAUAAUGACUUGAAAAACAAUCCAUGUUUGACUCCCAUCGAGCUCAACUAGUUAAACCGGUUAUUGCUCGCCAGCCUGUGCUGAUGCACAUGGACAGAUUGCCCUUCACUCUUCAUAUGGGUGGCACUUGCAAAGGAAAGGUGGGGCUGAAGUAAAUGACAAAACGGUGAGGUGUGAUUUGAAAGUGUACAACGUGUGACCUGUGAUGAAGCCUAACUGUAUGGAACUUUUUAAUUUAACAUAUAUAAACUUUAGAAGUUUUAUCCUGGUGACCCUUUUUAAAGGUCAAUCAAAGCUUAAGUACAACGUUUACAACUAAAAUCAUGCAAAAUGCUUGCUAAUAAUGAGCAUUAAGUCUUAAACAAUAUCUGGUUCCUACUCCUGCUUGAUAAAAUAUGUACUAGUAAUGGGAGAGAUUUACAUUGGUAUGUUUCUGUGUAUCAUGCUGCACACUGGAGUUACUUUAUUAGAUCGACGUGCUGGCAUUUACAGUAGAACAUCAGACCAUUCAAACCACAUGUCGUCAUUUAAGGUUUUGAGUUCUUGUAAAUGAAAGUUGCACAAUCAGUUUCUGAGGCUGCAAAACCUUGUGUUCAAAAACUGGAAUUGCAAAAAAAAUAAAUGUUUUCAGUUAUUUAUGGUGUUUAUUUUUGCCACACUGUCAGUCUUAUCAGGAAUUUUAAACUGAAUUGUCAUUCAUUUCUAAUGUCCUAGACAACGGAUUUAUUAUUCAAGGUGGUAUCUUUUUCUUUUGUUCAAUAUAUGUGCAUUUCAUCAGGGCCCCU